GCAAAUUCGUUAUUUGUUAAAAGUGUACUUAAAUAAUAAAUUUUCCAUUCAGAAAGCGACUUCAAGCUAGCUGGUGGGAAGCACACGCUAUCUCUUCUGUCUUUGUUUUCAAUGAGAUGAUAGGAAAAAGUUCAUUGUCUGAAUCCUGAGCUACUUCCAAUUGAACCCCAUUCAAGCGUUCUGCAGUAUGACGACUGGAAGCCUUCAACCAGUUAGAAACAAGAACCGAGCCCGAAGAGAUAAGCAGAUUGCCAACGAGACUACUCCCCUGCUCCCAAGCAAGCACGAAGGCUCCAGCGAAUUCCAUGAAUUCAAUGGCGCUUCUUUCUCUGGAGCCGUGUUUAAUUUAUCAACCACCAUCAUUGGAGCCGGCAUCAUGGCUCUGCCCGCGACUAUGAAGGUCUUGGGCCUUGUUCCUGGGAUUGUGAUGAUUAUCUUUAUUGCUUUCCUUACUGAGGCUUCUGUUGAGAUGCUUAUCAGAUUUAGCCGUGUGGAGAAAAUGACUUCGUAUGGUGGAGUGAUGGGGGAUGCCUUUGGAAGGAUUGGAAGAAUGCUUCUGCAGAUUUGUGUGGUUAUCAACAAUGUUGGCAUCAUGGUGGUAUACAUGAUUAUCAUCGGCGACGUGCUUUCUGGAACAUCCUCCACUAGUAUUCCUCAUUCUGGUCUAUUAGAAGAAUGGUUUGGGCGUCACUUGUGGAAUGGCCGAUUCCUUGUUCUUACCAUUACAACCCUUCUUGUAUUUGUUCCAUUGGCAAGCUUCAAGCGCAUUGAUUCUCUGCGAUAUACAUCUGCCUUAUCGGUUGCGCUGGCGGCGGUGUUCGUUGUUGUCACUGCUGCAAUUGCGAUUGUCAAAUUAGUGAGUGGAAGUGUGCAGAUGCCAAGAUUGUUUCCAGAGAUCACUGAUUUGUCAUCUGUUUGGAAUCUUUUCACAGCAGUUCCAGUUCUCGUCACUGCAUUUAUCUGCCAUUACAACGUUCACAGCGUAGACAACGAGCUCGAUGACUCUUCCCUAAUUCAGCCGAUAGUGCGGACAUCACUCGCCCUCUGCUCUACUGUCUACAUAGCCACAAGCUUCUUCUCCUACCUCCUUUUCGGCGAUUCAACCCUCGAUGAUGUCCUUACCAACUUUGAUUCUGAUCUCGGCAUCCCUUACAGCUCUCUUCUCAAUGACAUUGUUCGAGUUAGCUAUGUUCUUCACCUCAUGCUUGUGUUCCCCAUCAUCUUUUUCGCCCUCCGCCUCAACUUUGAUGGUCUCCUCUUUCCUUCAGCCAGGCCCAUAUCUUCUGAUAAUCGGAGAUUUGCAUUUGUUACUUUGCUUCUCCUAUCGUUCGUUUUCUUGGCUGCGAAUUUUAUCCCGAGCAUUUGGGACGCUUUUCAGUUUACGGGUUCGACUGCAACAGUCUGUAUCGGUUUCAUCUUCCCUGCUGCCAUCACCCUAAGGGAUGCUCAUGCCAUAGCGAGCAACAGGGAUAAGAUCCUAUCGAGUUUCAUGAUCGUCCUGGCCGUUGUUUCGAGUGGGGUGGCUAUAUACAGUGAUGUAUUUGCCAUAUUUCAGAGGAGCAAGCCUGCGCCUAAGUAUUGAGCGCUGUGAUUCCGUGGCUAUAGUGUAUAAGUGCAUUGGAGAUGUUUGAAGUUGUCCCGUCUGUAGUUUUGUACUGGAACUGUGCUCAAUGUUUGAGUUGAGGUAAAUGCAAGUAUCUGUAAUAAAUUGGGGGUAUCCUCAAUCUUUUAAGUUUUGGGUUACAUGCGAGUAUGUGUAAUAUAUUGGGAAUGUGCCCUAGUUUUUGAAUUUGAAGCUGAGUAUAUGUAAUAAUGGUAGUACGCUCAA